AUGGCAAAUCAACGUGAUCUUCAGCGGCCAUCACGACCAGAUGAAAACGUUUCCACGCAGCCAGGAAGAGGCCACGGUGCCAAGAACAAGGAAUCGUGUGGCAAAGUUGGUGUUCCGAAAACUGUAUUGAAGAAGCAUAAAUGUGACGUUUGUGUAUAUUCGACCGAUUAUAAAGGUCAUUUGAAUCGGCACUUGUUGAAACACACCGGCGAGAAGCCAAACGGAUGCACCUUCUGCUCGAAACGGUUCACAACCAAACAAAAUCUUCGUAGUCACAUGAAAGCUCACGUCGAAGAGUUUCUGUUUAAUUGUCCGGGCUGUUUGCAAGGGUUUGAUGGAAGGAAAGACAAGACAGAGCACGAAACUAAUUGCAAAAUUCGUCGCUACGAAUGUCAUUUGUGCAAGGAAUCGAUUGGUUCACUUAAGGCAAAUAUGGUGAAUCACAUGCGAGAGCCAGUGUCUGUUGAUGAAUUGGUUGACGUUUCGGUAUCAACUCAUCGCAAUGCGGUACAUGUUCCUGGUUUCAACGAACGUGACGCUGAAUACGAUUUUGAUCACUUGAGCUUCGACGAGGUUAAAGCCGAG